CUCAAACGUUCCGGCGCGCACGCACACGACGAUAUAACAAUAAUAAUAAUAAUAAUAACGAAUUCUCGUCCAAACUGAAAUAAUAUUAUACCUAUCUCGUUCAGUGUUUGAUCCGUAGCGUGCGCGAUGAUAAUAUUAUAAUAUUAUCGUACACGAACGAGUGAUGUGCGAGGCGCUGCAGUGCGCGUACAGAAUCAUCGCCAACGUCGCUCUCCCGCCCGGCGGUCUCUCGCGCGUUCGACACGUCGUUUUUUACCGUUCUCAAUUAUUAUAAACGAGAACCGGCUCGGCCGCCGACCGGACGCGAUGGACGGCCCCGUCGACACCGCCGAAAGCGGCUGCUGCUGAGCGCGGCGGCGGUGCGAUAUCGGCCGAGGACCGACCGCCAGACGGACUGCGUCCGCGUCGGUGCCACUCUGCGGAUCCGACGACCGGCCACGAUGGAAGCGCUGGCCGUGGUCGCGGUCUUGCUGCUCGUGCUGAGGACGGACGGCCGAGUGCAGGGCCCGGCCGGCAACGUGGACAUCGGUCGCGGCGUGGACGUGCUCCAGCGGUUCGGCAUCAUCGGCGAUGUGCUGUACGGCGACGUGUCCAGCACCAAGGAGAUGGUCACGCACGACAUAAUCGAAGGCGCCGACCGUUAUGCUGAAGUUUUAAAUGUGACAAAAAAUCAUACGAAUUUACUGAAUAUCACGUUUUGUCCCGAUUUGGACUGCCUAUUUGAUGUAUAUUUUGAUGGAUUUCAAGUCGAUCUAGCCGAUAAACCAUGGAAAUUGUUGACUACAAGUAGAUCACGACACAUGAUAUCCGAACGUUUUGGUGUUCCUGAUAUAGCAAUGGGAUUCGGACAAAAAUUCGUUAUUGUGUCAUAUAAGCGACCAGUGAAACGAAUUAAAACAUUUGACAAUUUUACACAAUUGGCAGAACUAAAAUCAUCAAUAUCUGAAAAAUUUAAAUGUAUGUCCAUUGGCAUAGAAUCAAUGGUGACUGAUUUUAUUACGGAGCACGGAUCACAUUAUAUUGAUGAAUACACUUUAGGAGAUACUGUUUUUCAGGUUUUGGUAUAUCUGCCUGUGUUUUACAACAAGUUCUACAAGUGCGUGCUCAACAAUUGUUCGGAAUCGGACACGGCCUUGCUUCUGUCGCCGGUGUACACCGAAUAUCAGGGACAGGUGCUGAGUGUCGGAUCGGACGCGGUGGAGAAAUGGGUCGACACCAAUCUUCAGGUCGAAUCCAAGCACGGUCACACGUACGUCAGCCUGUACGCGCUUAAGAACCGGCCGGAGUUGUGCAACGAGAUCGUCGCGCUCAUGGACGAUCAGUCGGUGGUCGGGCUGCACCUAAAGACCAUGUCCACGUUCAUCCCGGAACCGGUAAAGCGAAAAUGGUUCACCGAGGUGCUGGAUAAUCAUGUAAAACUUCGCGAAGUCAACCUCUGACCUGCCCGGCAACGAAGCAGGAAUACCCUAUUUGUAUAUAUUUAUAAUAGGCAUAUAAUAUUAUAGAUUGUAUCCAACGACUGUUAAAAAUCAGCAUUAGGUCAAAAGUGUAAAUUGUACCUGUGGAUAUCAUAAUAUUAUAUGAUAAAUAAUAAUAAGUAUAAAAUUACUGUUGCACAUCUAUGGUCGGCAGAAGAUCGUCAAUAAUACCUACGUGAACAAAAAAAAUAAUGAUUAUUUAUUAUUUGCUAGCGUAUAAUAUAAUAAUAUAAUAAAAUUGUAUAUAACUUUAUUUACAUUGUUCAGUGUUUAUUUAAAAAUAACACUAAGUAAUUGUUAUCGAAAUUCGAAUUCAAUUGUUAUUGAAAUUCAAUAAUUAUUUUGUUUUGUGUAGUAUAAUUUGUAUUACUUUUAAUUUUGUAUGAUACUCGUAAAUCAUAAUGUAAACUUGUACAUAGUACCUAUUACUUAGAAUACAUAUUACAUAUAUUACAUAAAUAAAUGCAAAUAUAUAUAAAUACAUGUAAUAUAAUGUUACUGUUACUUCAA